AUGAAGGAGGACGAUGCCUUGCCGACGACGACGACUACAGGUUCGGCGACGGGAGCAGGAACAGCUAUGGCGAAUUCGAAGAAGGAAAGCUCCGACUCGGGGUUGUUUGGAAGAGGUCGUUACAAGUUCUGGGCAUUUGCUGCUAUUUUGCUUCUGGCUUUUUGGUCAAUGUUUACUGGUACAGUCACUCUCCGGUUAUCCACCGGAAAUCUGAACCGGUUCUCCGAAGAUCUCGGGAUUCCGAACUAUGAGAACCUCGACGUUCUGGAAAUGGAGGAGAGAGAGAAGGUAGUGAAGCAUAUGUGGGAUGUGUACACUAACAGUCGUCGGUUCAAAUUGCCUAGAUUUUGGCAAGAGGCGUUCGUUGCUGCUUACGAAGAACUCACAAGUGAUGUGCCUGGGGUUAGAGAGGCUGCUAUUGGUGAAAUCGCCAAGAUGUCGGUUCAGUCUAUCACUCUUGAUCCACCUCCUUCUCGACCAAUGAGCGCAAGGGAUUUGGGAAGAAACUUAAAGAGAAUUCUACACAAGCCAGCCGCAAGUAGCUGA